GAGGUGGGGGUGGAGCGAUCUCCCGAUUGGCUCAGCAGGAUCUGGGAGAGCACCCGCCACAGCUGCUCGACCGAUCAAUCAGUCACGGCAUGCUGGCCCGGCCCCGCCCGCGUUGCUAAGGGACGGAAGGUGGCAGAUGGAGGCGGCAGCGGCUGCACUAACGGCACUCCAUGGAGACGUUGCUGAGGCGGCGGUGCGAGCGGAACAAGCAGGCCGGCGGCUCUGGGUGACUGAGUGACUGACAAGCUGACGGAUUGUCUUCCUCACGUGGGAGCCCUCGAUGGGGGCGCAACAGCCCGUGGGGCAGUAACAACUAUCCGCCCAGGCGACGGCGAAGGGCAGCAGGAAAAAAGGAGAUAAAUAGGAGGUUAUGGUGAGGCCAACCAGCUGCACCAGCAAACAGGCGAGCUUCUGACUGACUUCAUGACCUGCUUUGUGCUCUGUUAAUAUUCCAGCCUCUCUGCGUAACAUUUGGGGAAGUUCUUCCUAGAACAUUGCUCCUCUCUCGUUCGGCAGUUAUUGCUGAACAAAGAGUGACAUGGCAAGAAGUCAAUGACUCCAGGGUGCAACAGUCUGCUCCACCAGCCUGCCCUGUGACUAGCACUGUCACUUUAAUAAUUCCAUUCCAAGCGAUUGCUUUCAAUCCUCUCGGGUUUAAUACAAGUGAGGAUCAUCGGGAUAUUAAAGGCCAAAGGCUGGGUGGAGAAAUUAAAAAUUAAAGUGACUGCUGUUUGGUAACCAAAUGAAACCUGGAAGCUUUUGAUUUCUUCUUCCUAAUACGCAGACCAUUGUGUGCAUCCAGUGCUGUAACUAACUGGCAAAAGUCACAUGUGAUUGCAGCAAAAAAAGUCCCUUUGAACAUCUCCUGUCUUCCUUGGAAAUUUACCUGGAUUAUUUGAGAAUUGGUUUUAAGCUUAGGUGGUGUUGGAAUGUGUUGAAGUGGAUUAUUUGGACUGCCAAGACUUGGACCGUGCCUUAAUUGUGUUUCCUACAUUCACAUUUAACUUCUUUUUUAAAAAAAGCCCUUAUGCUGUCGUAAGAGGGAUUCUUAUACAAUUUUGUAGGCUGACAGGUGUUUUCUCUUGUAUAUUUUUAUAGAUUGGGAAAUUUUACAGAUUUUGACAACUGCUCUGGCAAAAAUUCUCUAUUUUUUUCCCCUCAUUUGCUAUUUCCAUGGGUGGUGUUGGAAGUUUUUAACUGGACAAAACUGUGAGUGCCACUGUGGAAAAUGAAGACGUAGAGUCCUGUUUCAAAGCUGAACUGUGUUUUGAAUUGGAUGGCAGAUUUCUGACUUCACAAGUCAAUCCCAGCUGGACUCUCUUGACACCGGUAAAAAAGCGCUUGCAUCCAGUGCCAGAAAUAACAGUGAGAAUGCCAAUCAAGAAGAAAGAUACUGAUCGAGCUUUAGUGCUUCUGGAAGAUUAUUGUAAGAAGCUAAAAAGGCCAGAAGAGCAGCCACUGAAAAAGGCCAUUAAGAAGGUGAUGGGGAUAUUUAAAAGCAGUUUAUUCCAGGCAUUGCUAGAUAUUCAAGAGUUUUAUGAAGUAACACUGCUAAACACCCAGAAAAGUUGCCAACAGAAAACAGAAGAAGCAAAGCAAGUUGCUGAGAAAUGGGAGAAGACACAGUCUUUGGUAACAGACACCAAAAGUCAGCCCCAAACCUGCGAGACAGCAGCUUCAGAUGGGCCAGACAGACGGGCUGCAGGCAAAAAUCAGGAUAAAGGGAACCAACCUCCUGAUAAUCAUUCCACAGAUAAAACUGCAAAGCAGAGCCAUGCCAGAUGUCCAGCACACAAAUCUCCUGUUGAAUCACCUGGAUGGAUGCCUAUUCAGCACUCUGCUAAGUAUCGCUACCAAGAUGAGGAUGCUCCACACGAUCAUACUUUACCUCGUUUAACUCAUGAAGUGAGAGGACCAGAACUAGUUCACGUUUCCGAAAAGAAUUUAUCGCAGCUAGAAAAUGUCCAUGGAUACGUCCUGCAAUCACACAUCUCGCCUCUGAAGGCCAGCCCUGCCCCAAUCAUCGUCAACACAGAUACAUUGGACACUAUUCCCUAUGUCAAUGGAACAGAAAUUGAAUAUGAAUUUGAAGAAAUUACAUUGGAAAGGGGUAAUUCUGGCCUGGGUUUCAGCAUUGCUGGAGGAACAGACAACCCACACAUUGGGGAUGAUCCUGGGAUAUUUAUUACUAAGAUUAUACCAGGAGGAGCUGCAGCAGAGGAUGGAAGACUCAGAGUCAAUGAUUGUAUCUUGCGGGUGAACGAGUUCGAUGUAUCUGAGGUUUCACACAGCAAAGCCGUCGAGGCCCUGAAGGAAGCCGGUUCUAUAGUGCGACUGUAUGUUCGUCGAAGGAGACCUAUUCUGGAAACUGUUGUCGAAAUCAAACUGUUCAAAGGGCCAAAAGGUCUAGGAUUCAGCAUUGCCGGAGGUGUGGGGAAUCAGCACAUCCCUGGAGACAACAGUAUUUAUGUUACUAAAAUUAUCGAUGGAGGGGCAGCGCAGAAGGAUGGGAGGUUGCAAGUUGGAGACAGGCUUCUUAUGGUAAAUAAUUACAGUUUAGAAGAAGUAACACAUGAAGAAGCAGUAGCAAUAUUGAAGAAUACAUCCGACGUAGUUUAUUUAAAAGUUGGGAAGCCUACCACUAUUUACAUGACCGAUCCAUAUGGCCCUCCAGAUAUUACUCAUCCUUAUUCCCCACCAAUGGAAAACCAUAUACUGUCUUCAGGCAACAGUGGCACUUUAGAAUACAAGGCGUCUUUGGCUCCCAUCUCACCGGGAAGAUAUUCACCUAUCCCAAAGCACAUGCUGCUCGAGGAUGACUAUACCAGGCCUUCCGAACCCGUUUACAGCACUGUGAACAAAUUCUGUGAUAAGCCACCUUCUCCUAGGCACUAUUCCCCUGUCGAGUGUGACAAAAGCUUCCUCCUUACAGCUCCCUAUCCCCACUACCACCUAGGCCUGCUCCCUGACUCUGAGAUCAUCAGUCAUUCCCAGCACAGUACAAUAACCCGGCCACCCACAGUGAGCAUACAACGGAGCAUUUCUUUAGAAGGAGAACCUCGAAAAGUUGUUCUGCACAAGGGCUCGACGGGGCUUGGUUUUAACAUUGUAGGAGGAGAAGAUGGCGAAGGCAUUUUUGUAUCCUUCAUCUUAGCAGGUGGACCAGCUGACCUCAGUGGGGAGCUUCAGAGAGGAGACCAAAUUUUAUCUGUGAAUGGAAUCGAUCUUCGUGGUGCUACACAUGAACAGGCUGCUGCAGCACUCAAAGGGGCGGGCCAGACUGUGACCAUUAUAGCACAAUACCAGCCAGAAGAGUACGCUCGAUUUGAGGCCAAAAUCCAUGACCUGCGUGAGCAGAUGAUGAAUCACAGCAUGAGUUCUGGGUCGGGCUCCUUGCGAACUAAUCAGAAGCGUUCCCUCUACGUCAGAGCUAUGUUUGACUACGACAAAAGCAAGGACAGCGGCCUCCCAAGUCAAGGACUCAGCUUCAAGUAUGGCGAUAUCCUCCAUGUCAUCAACGCAUCUGAUGACGAAUGGUGGCAAGCAAGAAGGGUCAUGGUAGAGGGAGACAGUGACGAGAUGGGCGUCAUUCCCAGCAAAAGGAGGGUUGAAAGAAAAGAGAGGGCACGUUUAAAGACAGUGAAGUUUAACUCAAAACCUGGCGUGAUCGAUGCAAAAGGGUCAUUCAAUGACAAGCGUAAAAAGAACUUCAUCUUUUCACGAAAAUUCCCAUUCUACAAGAACAAGGAGCUGAGUGAGCAGGAAACGAGUGACCCGGAACAACAUGUUUCUUCUAAUGCCAGCGAUAGCGAAAGUAGCUACAGAGGACAAGAGGACUGCAUUCUCUCCUAUGAACCUGUAACAAGGCAGGAAAUUAAUUACACCAGACCAGUUAUUAUCCUUGGUCCAAUGAAAGACCGAAUCAACGAUGAUUUGAUAUCUGAAUUUCCUGACAAAUUUGGCUCCUGUGUACCACAUACAACUCGGCCAAAGCGUGAUUAUGAAGUGGAUGGGAGAGAUUAUCAUUUUGUCAUCUCCAGAGAACAAAUGGAAAAGGACAUCCAAGACCACAAAUUCAUUGAGGCCGGACAGUAUAAUGAUAAUCUGUAUGGGACUAGUGUGCAAUCUGUGAGAUUUGUAGCAGAAAGGGGCAAGCACUGUAUACUUGAUGUGUCAGGAAACGCCAUUAAGCGACUACAAGCUGCACAGCUGUACCCCAUUGCGAUCUUCAUUAAGCCUAAAUCGUGGGAGCCAUUGAUGGAAAUGAAUAAGCGCUUCACAGAGGAGCAAGCCAAGAAAACGUACGAUCGAGCAAUGAAACUAGAACAAGAAUUUGGGGAAUAUUUUACAGCUUUUGUCCAAGGAGAAACAUUAGAAGAUGUAUAUAACCACUGCAAACUCGUAAUUGAAGAACAGUCCGGGCCUUUCAUCUGGAUUCCUUCCAAGGAAAAGCUAUAAAUUCGCCAAUUCACCUCUGAUCAAGAUGGAAGAAUCUUUAGAAGAAAACUUAAUCCUAUCUUAUUUGAAAGCUUUUUUGGGGUGUCACUUUUUUUCCGGGCGGGGCGGGGGAAGUUACUUUUAUGUUUCUUGCAGUCAAUGUGAAUUUUUUUCUGAAUGUACAACACAAAGUGUUUGAAGCCAUGAAGGACAUUGAUUUGAUCAUAAAGGGUUGAGAAAAGAAAAACCUUUCCAAAAAAAUGAGACUUCUGCCAUAUUAAAAAAAGAACUGUUAGCUGUGUGGCGUGUGCUCACUUCAGCUCUUCGUAGAGAGACAGACUUUUGACACGAAAGCCCACUGUCCGAGAGAGCUGGCUGGCAGCUCUGCCUCCAUCCCAAUGUGUUUCCUUGGCUCAGCUCAAUGUCUCCAUUGAUUGCUUUGAAGAAGAAGUUGUUCCUGGGUCUUGGAUCUCAAUAUUAUAGCUUAAUCCUGCAAGAAGCAUCGUUCUGACUCCAGUCGGUAAGAUGGACUUUUGAAGCAGACAUGGAUGAAACUUGUAUUGAACUGGAUAAGAAGCAGAGAGCACCCCACGCCUUGCAGGGUAGUAUCCUAUAAGAACCUGAUCCAUCUUCCACUCAAUUUUGCAGAGACCUUGAAUGCUUGUUCUGGAUGUUGGAUCAGGGACUGGUUUUUGGUCAUAACACAUUUGUAUCUGCUCCACCUUGACUGUCGUAUAACUAUGCACAUCUCUUUCUUUUUGUCUGAAACCGGUCUGGAGUAUUACUUCCCCUUGCCACUUCAGACCGAGCAUUUCAUUAGGUUUGUAAUGACAAUGUGGGUCCCAGUCAAUGGGUUUUGGUGGAAAGGGAAGCACUCCACACCAGAACAUGCUCGCGUUAAAAUGUGAGGGUUCAGGGUUCUUAAACUUGACCAAGAGGGAUACAACUGGGAAAAGCUUUACAUUUUAUUCUGAUUGUCUAUAUUAUCAUUUAUAUAAAGACAGAAGGCACUUA